GAGUUAGAAGAAGGUAAGGUGCCCCAUCCCAUCCUCCUUAGGGCUUGGCAGGUAGCGGGGGUGGGGGCACGAUACUUCAGCCCCCCAGGGUGGCUGAUGGACCUUCGGACCCUUCCAGAUUUUCCGCAGCCACCCACAAACCUGCAGCUGUUUGAGGAGGUCCCCAACACGGUGACUCUGACCUGGAACCACAGCCCCGACGUGCAGGAGGACAGCGAGGCCCACUACGUCAUCAUGAAGCGGGAUGCCAGCACCGCCACCUGGUUCACUGUGGCCGAGCACGUCUUCAGCAACAAGUACACGGUGACCGGGCUGCUCCCCGGCAGGAAGUACUACUUCCGGGUGCUGGCCCGGAACGAAAUCGGUGACAGCGACCCGCUGGACUCCAGGGAUACCUGGCUCGUCAACAAGGACAAGAGUGAGUCUGGGGACUUGGGGGUUCAGGUAACGUCUGGGAUCCCUGAUGGCGGGCAUGAAAUAAGGGUUGCAAGGGGUACCCAAGAUUUGAGGUAAAAU